AUGGCGUCGAAUAGUCGAAGCCCUGGCGAGAAUGAUAGCUCCAACCAGAUCCCGCUUCAGGAUCUGUCCCGAUCUGAGAUCAAUGUCCCCGCAGAGGGCCAUAGCAGAGGCCGCACCAAUAGUGUGGGGGGUGGUGUCUUUUCACGACGAUCAUUAAUGGGAAGAGGGUCGCGCAAGCAAUACCAGAGUGUUGCAGAGGAGUCGCCGGUCGACCUGGGAAAUGCAAGCAAGGAUCCAUUCGAAGAAUCGCACGCGGACGAGGAGAACGAUCUAGGUGCCCUCGCACAGGCCAUGUCGUUCGGCAUUACAUUUGACGCGCCGCGACUAUCAUUAUCAGACCCUUCAGCUAGGCAUGGAUUUAACGAUGAUGCCUCCGAUCUUGAUAACGUGCCCUUGGACAAUUAUCAUUCCCACGAGCCCGACGAUUACGCGCCCCGAGACGAUGCCGAAGAUGACACUGCACGCUUGACCGAUCCCCGAUUUCUCCAGCCGAUUAGUGGCGCCCCUGCAUCAGAAGGUCGGUUAAGCAGCGAUGCUGGCGGCCACUCCAUGUACUCCGGUGAUGGGUCGCGUUUGGGCGAUGACCUCCCCCACGUGGAGGACGGAUUGGGCCGACGUCGAGGCAGUAGUGCCCGGUCUCGUUCUCUAUCCCCAUCAGCUUCCGGCGGGGCGCUGCAGCGUGCCAGUUCAAUGGUGAAAUCGAUGUCACAACGAGUGGUCAACUUGAGCAAUGAGCCGGAAGUCGUGCAACAGUCAAUCGAACGAGAAGAGUCCAAUAAAAACUCACGGCUGGAAGGGCCUCCAGUCUUACCUGCGAUGCCGGAUUUCGCCCAUGAUACCACCCCUGGACUACCGCCGAGGGAGAGCCGGGUUACAAGCACGAUGUGGAAACACCGAAAUAAUCCUUUUCGAGGCAGGUCACUGGGCAUCUUCGGACCAAACAACCCCCUUCGACUCUGGCUUUGCGAUAUCCUUGUUCAUUCAUACAUGGAACCUUUCAUUCUGGUAUUCAUUCUGGUUCAGACUAUCUUGCUGAUCGUGGAGUCCUCACGAUCGGUGUUCAACCGACCUGUAGCGGUGCGAUGGGGCAACACCCCGUUAGAUUAUGUCUUCUUUGUCAUUUUCAUCAUCUAUACCCUUGAGAUUGGCGCGAAGAUACUGGUCUCUGGUUUCAUAUUCAACCCGAGGGAGUAUAGCACGCUAAAUCGAAACCUCGGAAUUAGGAAAGCGAUAGCAGAGAAGGGCAAGAAUCUGAUUACUCCCCAUCGGCAGAUGACCAAGAAAAAAGUCUCAUUCUUACAACCCGAACCUCAAGCCUCAAUUUUGCGGACGUUCACUGGGAUGAAUGCACUGGAUGCUGAAACCUAUGAUGAUCCUCUUCAAAAACGCCGCAUUCUACUCGCCCACCGGGCGUUCCUUCGUCACUCUUUCAAUCGACUGGACUUUGUGGCAGUCGUCUCUUACUGGAUCUCCUUUUUCCUUUCACUACAGGGCCUAGAAGCAGCCCACCAGCUUUAUAUCUUUCGCAUGCUGAGUUGUCUUCGGAUUCUGCGUCUCCUUCUCCUCACCAAUGGUACUUCUGUAAUUCUUCGAAGUCUUAAACGGGCUGCGCCUCUGCUUGUGCAUGUUGCAUUCCUCAUUGGAUUCUUUUGGCUUUUGUUCGCCAUUGUCGGCAUACAGAGUUUCAAGUCCAGUCUUCGGAGAACGUGUGUCUGGGUUGAUCCCGAGGGCAUAGCAAAUUUCACCUCGAAUGAUCCAUACGGCACAAUCCAAUUUUGUGGCGGGUAUCUCAAUAGCACAACAGGGGAGCGUAUGCCUUGGCUUGAGGCCUCUGGGAAUCGGUUGGCCAGUUCUACCGCCAAGGGCUAUAUGUGUCCCAUGGGUUCCCUCUGCGUUGAAGGCACGAAUCCUUACAAUGGAACGUUGAGUUUCGACAACAUCUUUCAGUCAUUAGAGGCGGUUUUUGUGAUCAUGAGCUCCAACACGUUCACCGAUUUGCUUUACUACACCACCGACAGCGAUUAUCUUGCAGCAGCGCUGUUCUUUGCCUUCGGUCUUGUCAUCCUGAGUCUGUGGUUGGUGAACUUGCUCGUUGCAGUCAUCACCCACUCUUUCCAAGUCAUUCGGGAGGAAAGCAAACGCAGUGCUUUUGCUGUCCAAAAACUCGACAACGUUGAAAACGAUGAUACCACGACUCAAAAAGUAAGCACACUUAAACGAUUUUACGAUAAAACUGAAUACUUUUGGGUGGUCAUCAUAAUCUACGAUCUUAUCAUUCAAGCAUUGACAAGUUCGACUAUGGGAGAUGAACGAGCUCGCUUCAUUUCGAAUACAGAGUUGGUAGUCACGCUCAUCUUCCUCCUUGAAAUUGUCGCGCGGUUCGCGUCGGAUUGGCGUAUAUUCCAUCGGAGACGCCGAAAUUGGUUCGACCUCCUCCUUGUCAUCGUCACUUGCGUCAUUCAGAUACCUCCCAUCAAGAAUUCGGGACGUCCUUAUACCGUCCUCACUCUCUUUCAAAUCCUUCGGGUCUACCGAGUUGUGUUGGCAAUCCCCGUCACCAGGAAGCUUAUCAUGGUUGUCUUCCGAAACACUGUUGGUCUGCUCAACCUGAUAUUUUUCCUUUUCUUGAUGACUUUCCUCGCUUCUAUAUUUGCAGUCCAACUCUUUCGCAGCCAGAUCCCUUCCGAAGACCCAGCGGGAAAUUCCAUCGGCAUCACGUUUGCCGAUAUCUACAACUCAUUUCUGGGUAUGUACCAGAUAUUGUCAAGCGAAAACUGGACAACCAUCUUGUAUAAUGUCACCACAUAUACAACCCACUUCAAUACCGCCUGGAUUUCUGCCUCAUUCAUUAUCUUGUGGUUCAUUGUGGCCAACUUCAUCAUUCUGAACAUGUUUAUUGCGGUCAUUCAAGAGAGCUUUGAUGUGUCAGAGGAUGAAAAGCGUCUUCAACAGGUUCGCGCGUUUUUGGAACAGAAGCACAUCGGGCAAGCUACUCAAGGAAAUCUUGCGCUUUCAAAGAUCCUUCGCCUGGGCCGUGAUUCGGGUCGCUACAAGGACCCGCUUGAUCAUGGACCCGCUGCUUUGGAGAUGCUGUUGAAGGAUGCCGUUGUCCGCGAAUUCCUCGAUGAAGAAGGAGAGGAGGAGCUGGAGGCAGAGAACCGGCGCCGAGAGGAGGCGAUUCCGGACAGUGCGGCUGCUGAGACUACUGAUCCCGGUUUCAUUUCACAGGCCUUGGCCAAGGCAAACGCUCUCGUCAUGGGCCGAGAACCAAACCCAUUCUACUCCAAGCUCAAAUUUUCACGGGCUUACGAAGAGUUGGACCCUAGGACCAUGGCCAGAGAAGUGGUGUCGGCGGCCGAGGCGAGGAAACGGGCACAGCGAGAGUAUCUUAUCAAACAUCCAAAGUAUAACAAAUCGCUUUACAUGUUUGGACCACACCACCCAAUCCGAAAGCUGUGUCAGCGGAUCGUUGGGCCUGGGCGCGGUAACCAACGAGUUGAAGGCGUAGAUCCAUAUAAGCCAGUGUGGUUUACGUUCUCAGCUAUCAUCUAUGCUGCUAUCGUGGCCAUGGUCGUUCUUGCCUGCAUCACGACUCCAUUGUACCAAAGACAAUAUUUCCGUACCGACCGCAACUGGUUCGUGUACACCGACAUGGGAUUCGCAGUCAUCUUCACCAUCGAGGCAACCAUCAAGGUGAUUGCUGACGGCUUCUUCUGGACACCCAAUGCAUACUUCCGCAGCUCUUGGGGUUUCAUCGAUGGAAUUGUGCUGGUCACUCUUUGGGUCAACGUCGGCAGCUCUCUUUACCAAGAUUUCAGUAUCUCCAGACCUAUUGGUGCUUUCAAAGCACUGAGAGCUCUGCGUCUGUUGAAUGUCAGCGACAGCGCGAAGGACACUUUCCACUCUGUCAUUAUCCUAGGAGGCAUGAAGAUCAUUGCCGCGGCGGCGGUGUCGUUGAGUUUCCUGAUUCCCUUCGCCAUUUAUGCCGUCAAUUUGUUCAACGGACAAUUGAUGUCCUGCAACGAUGGCAACUUCUCGGGCAACCUGACCUCCUGUGUCAAUGAGUACUAUAGCUCGCCCUACAAUUGGGAUGUUGUUGGUCCCCGAACCGUGACCAACACCUACUACGACUUUGACAACUUCGGGGACUCCCUUUUCAUCCUCUUUCAAAUUGUCUCACAGGAAGGCUGGAUCGAUGUCCAGGAGAGCGUGAUGAGCAUUGUCGGGCCUGGUAUACAGCCACAGGAUAAUGUUGCUCCCGCCAACGGCUUCUUCUUCGUCGUCUUCAACUUGCUUGGAGCCGUGUUUGUCUUGACGCUGUUUGUGUCUGUCUUCAUGCGCAACUACACGGAACAGACUGGGGUUGCCUUCUUAACUGCUGAACAACGAUCCUGGUUGGAAUUGCGAAAACUUCUUCGGCAAAUUUCGCCAUCCAAACGGUCUCUUAAUGAAAAGAGUGCACAGUGGCAGCAAUGGUGUUAUCGAAUUGCAGUCAAGAAACACGGUCGAUGGGCACAUUUCGUCACUUUCACGCUCUGUAUACACUUGGUUCUUUUGGUACUGGAGUUCUAUCCGGAGCCCGAGAUGUGGGAACUAGCUCGAUCCAUCCUGUUCUUCAUUUUCAUGUUUGUCUACGUGGCCAAUGUUGCAAUCCGAUUUAUCGGCCUUGGGUGGCACCGCUUCAGUCGAAGUUCAUGGGACUUGUACGCCCUCCUAGUUGUACCUGGAGCAUGGAUCACGACUAUCUUGCAUAUCGCGUACUCGACACAAGUGGUUCUCGAGUUGAACAAGCUGUUUCUUGUCGCGAUUGCUUUACUUCUUAUUCCGCGGAAUAACCAGCUGGAUCAGCUGUUCAAGACUGCGGCAGCUAGUCUUCCAGUCAUCGGCAAUCUUCUUGCCACCUGGUUCGUGUUGUUUCUAGUAUUCGGUAUCGCCAUGAACCAAGCCUUCGGUCUCACGAAAUUUGGGAGCCAAGGGACCCAUAAUCUCAACUUCCGCGACGUUCCAAAGUCCCUCAUCCUGCUAUUUCGCUCCAGUUGUGGAGAGGGAUGGAAUGAAGUCAUGGAAGACUUUGCCACCAUGGAACCCCCUUUCUGUACAUAUAAUUCCGACUUCCUUGAUGAUGACUGCGGCAGUCCCGGCUGGGCCCGAACCCUGUUCAUUGCGUGGAACAUUAUCAGCAUGUACAUCUUUGUCUCGCUGUUUGUCUCGCUUAUCUUCGAAAGUUUCUCUUACGUCUACCAACGCAGCAGCGGGCUAUAUGCGGUGAGCCGUGAAGAGAUCCGCCGCUUCAAACAUGCCUGGGCGACUUACGAUCCAGAUGGAACCGGUUUCAUCACUAAAGAGCAGUUCCCCCGGUUACUUGGGGAACUUUCCGGAAUUUUCAGCAUGCGGAUCUAUGACGGGGAAUUUACUGUCGGUGCCAUUCUAGAUCAAUGUCGAACCAACGCGCGGGACUCUGUUGUCUCUUUCCAUUCGUCCCUGCAUACGCGCUCGCAAGAGUCCUUGAAUCCCAUGAUGCAUCCCCGUGCGGAAGAUAUUGUGGACGAGGUGAACCUGACAGAGCUUAAUCGCAUUCUCAACCGCAUCCCGGUCAAUACGAUUCAAGAGCGGCGGCAGCGGCUCAAUAUCUUUUACGAAGAAGUUCUUGUGUCGGCAGACCCGGAUCGUGGUAUCUCAUUCCACCAAUGCCUGAUGAUUCUCGCCCAUUACAAUGUUAUCAGCGAUAGCAAGAGUCUACGUCUAGAGGAAUUCCUUCGUCGCCGCGCACGCCUCCAGCGCGUGGAGGAAGCCGUUCGUCGCAACACAGUGAUUGGUUUCUUUGACACUCUGUACUGGUCCCGCCAAUUCCGCAAGGCUAUUGACCGCAAGAAAAACGCGCGCAUGACUGCCGUACCUCAAUUUACGGUACCCGAGAUCUAUGUCGAUGACCCCGUGGACGAUUCCGAAGAGCACGAUGAACCAGCCCCCGGCACGAUGACGCCGCAACAUCAGCCUGACCUCGAAGGAGCCUUUGCGCCUAUGCUCUCACCUUCCUCUACCUUGCAUCGCCGCGCCGAAUCCAGCCCCACGGCCCACCGGCAUGACCUCCCUCGGCUGGACACUACUAUGGCCGGUCGAUCAUCGGGUGCCAGUACCCCGACGGACUGGGCCAGUAUCAGUCCGUCACGCACGCCGCGCCAUAUGUAUGGCGACCGGGCGUCAUUCGAUUCUGGUGAACGCCGCGACUCGGCUUCGGGCGCUGAUCAUUCCCGACAAAAUAGCGCCAUGAGCGUGCAGGACGUGAUGAACUCGUUAGAUAACUCCGCCUGGGGCGAAAGUAUUCGGCGAAGUUUUACACAACGACGAUCUGGUGAGGACCGGCCAGGCGAGCGCUCCAAUCGGUCAACCCAAUCUACCGAAAGGGGUUCACCCUCUCCUAAUGCAUGA